AUGUACAGACUGACUCGGACAGACAUAAGCCAGGUUCGAUGGCUGCUCCCAAGGACCCUUUCUGCCGCCCAGCACCCGCACACGGAUGGCUCAGCAGCUGCCAUGGCUCUUCCGCCAGAGCCUGUCCAGUACAACCAGUCGCUCGCAGGAGUCCUAGAUGAUUGUUUAUGUGACAUAGAAAGCAUCGAUGACUUCAAUACUUUCAAGAUCUUCCCCAAAAUACAGAAACUGCAAGAACGCGAUUACUUCAGAUAUUACAAGGUCAACCUGAAGAGACCAUGCCCAUUUUGGGCUGAUGAUGGCCAUUGUUCUAUCAAAGAUUGUCACGUAGAGCCUUGUCCUGAGAGCAAAAUACCUGUUGGAAUUAAGGCUGGGAGCUCUAAUAAAUAUUCAAAAGCAGCAAAUAAUUCCAAAGAACUGGAAGACUGUGAGCAAGCUAACAAACUGGGAGCUGUUAACAGUACCUUAAGUAACCAAAGUAAGGAGGCUUUCAUUGACUGGGCAAGAUACGAUGAUUCACAGGAUCAUUUUUGUGAACUUGAUGAUGAGAGAUCUCCAGAUGCACAGUAUGUGGAUUUGCUGCUGAAUCCAGAACGUUACACUGGAUACAAGGGGCCUUCUGCUUGGAGAGUGUGGAACAGCAUCUAUGAAGAAAACUGCUUCAAGCCUCGAUCUGUCUAUCGUCCUUUAAAUCCACUGGCGCCUAGUAGGGGAGGAGAUGAUGGAGAAUCUUUCUACACGUGGCUAGAAGGUCUUUGCCUUGAGAAAAGAGUGUUUUAUAAACUCAUUUCUGGACUUCAUGCUAGCAUCAACUUGCAUCUGUGUGCAAAUUAUCUUCUUGAAGAAACCUGGGGGAAGCCUCGCUGGGGAGCAAAUGUGAAAGAGUUCACUCGCCGCUUUGACCCCGCUGAAACAAAAGGAGAAGGACCAAGGAGGCUCAAAAAUUUGUAUUUCUUAUAUUUGAUAGAGCUGCGUGCUUUGUCAAAGGUUGCACCGUACUUUGAGCGUGCAGUUGUUGACCUUUACACUGGAAAUGGCCAUGAGGAUGCUGAAUCUAAAGCUCUGUUACUAGAUAUCUUCAGGGAUACAAAGUCCUUCCAUAUGCACUUUGAUGAAAAGUCCAUGUUUGCCGGAGAUAAAAAAGGAGCCAAGUCACUAAAGGAAGAAUUCCGAUUGCAUUUCAAGAACAUAUCCCGCAUAAUGGAUUGUGUUGGGUGUGAUAAAUGCAGGCUGUGGGGCAAGCUGCAGACUCAAGGCUUAGGAACUGCUCUGAAGAUCUUAUUUUCUGAGAAAGAAAUACAGAGCCUUCCUGAGAAUAGCCCAUCAAAAGGUUUUCAGCUCACACGUCAAGAAAUAGUUGCUCUUGUAAAUGCCUUUGGAAGGCUUUCCACAAGUAUAAGAGAGUUGCAGAAUUUUAAAGUUUUAUUACAACAAACUAGGUAAUGAAGGCCUUUGCACAACCAGUUAGCGAAGACCAUUUACGUGACUGCAUUGAGCAGGAGGAACUGAUCCUUACAGGACUCGUGGGAACUGAUAAAAAGUAAAAUCAAAUACCAACUUGAAUAUUUAUGUUUAAAUUAGGAAUGGAUAUUAAUUAGAAAAGAUAUUUAUGAAUGAAAUAUAUAGUUUUUAAAUGUGUAAAUUAUGCUGAUCUGUUUAUUUUUUAAGUUCUCUGCUCACAGUUCUGUUGUACUGAAACUUCAUAAACUUUCUUUAUCUCCUUGUCUUUCUGAGACAGUUAUUUUAUAUGAAAACGUGUGUACCUCCACCCUGCCUCGGCCUGUCCUGAGAGAGGUGGAGCACCUCUCGCCUCUCCCCAGUACUGAGCCUCAGUAUAUUCUGAGGAUUGGCUAUGCCGAUUCUGGCUGGCUAAAAG